AGGUGUGGCCUGUGGUCAGAAUACUGACGACAGUCCUCAAUACGUCUGUCUGCAGUUUCCGCAGCCUCGAACACAUGAACUGCACCGACUGAAUCAAACGCAACCUGAGAGAGGACCUGUAGAGUUGAUCCCCGGGGAUCCAACACGUGGUCCGAGGACCUACCAGAGGCCAAUAUAAGCCACCGGAGGUGAAGAGACAGUGACUGUGAAGAACAGACAUCCAGACCACAAUCAGUCAGACUCAGACUUCCUCAAAAACCCCACAGUAAGAACCUGAAACUCUUUGAAUUUACUAUGAACCAUGAAAGGAAGUGAACAGGUGCUCUUUGUGUUUCAGCUCCUGAUGAUGCCUCCUUCCACCGACUCCAGUGCUGGAGCAGCCGAGAUGGGGAAGGAGUGCAUCGUCAACGACCAGAUGGGACCCUUCAUCGUGAUCUACAUCCUCAUCUUCAUCAUCAGUCUGCCUGGAAACCUGCUGUCUGUGUGGGCCUUCAUCCGCAGUCCAAGAACCAAUCAGCAGAGCACCAGUGUCUACCUGGUGAACCUUCUGGUGGCGGACCUCCUGCUGCUGCUUGCUCUGCCCUUCAAGAUCCUGAAGGACCUCGGGGUGAUGCCGUGGAACCUCAUGGUGUUUCACUGCCAGGCCAGUGCUGUCACCAUCUACAUCAGCCUCUACGCAUCCAUCGCCUUCCUCACCUUCAUCAUUACUGACCGCUACCUGCAGGACUCCCACAGUCUGAACUCUUUGCGGUUGCGGGAGGUCGGCUUCGCCCGGCUGAUGUCGCUGGUUGUCUGGUUGAUGCUGCUGCUCAUCAUGGUGCCCAACAUGGCUCUGCCCACAAACAAAGUACAGGAGCAGCAGUACCUCAAGUGUUCGUCUCUGAAGACAAGCAUCGGACUCCACUGGCACAGCCUGACCAUCUUCCUCUGCACGGCUUUGUUCCUCAACGCCUCCGCCGGCGUCCUCGUCUCCAGCGGUCUGGCUCUCAAAAGACUCCUGCGGAGUCGCAAGGAUCCCAAACUCUGGGUCAACGCCAGGCGGGCAGCAGUGAGCGUGGCCGCCGUGGUGUUGGCUUACAUACUCUGCUUCGUGCCGUACCACAUCGUCCGGCUGCCGUACACAUUGGCCCAAACCAAAGUCAUCACGGACUGCCAGACCCAGAGGAAGCUGUUUCUGGGGAAGGAGUCGACACUUCUACUGACUGUGCUGCACCUCUGCUUCGACCCUCUUCUCUUCUUCUACCUCUACGAACCUUUCAGACAGGCUUUCUGCAGGAUGUUCCCCUGCUGCAGGAACCAGGCAGCCAGCGAUGCAGAGCAACAGGCUGCACAGGAAAUUAUGCAAACUGCGACAUCUGCACGGCAGGAGGAUGCGGUGAAUCUGCGUGGGAAUCCCUGCAGCACACUUACUGGUGAGGUGGGACAUGUAGCCUAGCUUAGCACAAAGACUGGAGGCCUAAAAUGGAUGCUACAACAGCUCAGGGUCACUCGUAAACUUUCUUUUACUGUUAAUUCACUGUUUAUUUCUUUGAGAAGAGUUCAUCUGGACUGUUUCAUCCAGGUCACUGUUUCCACCUGGUUCGUUAGUCCUCUUUGUCGUUGUGAAGGUCACCUGAGUGAAAAGGUGAAAGGACGACCUCGUCGGUGGAGGAUAAGUGUUGUCCGAGGCCUCCUUCACUUUCAAACCACCUGUCCGAAACGUGAACAUCAUUGUCACUAAAAGACUGUCCUCUGUCCUUAAGGUGGAAGAAGCCUGCAGAGUCUUGUGCCGUCUUGUAAAGUCGUGGUUUGGUGUAAAGGUUUUGUCCUCCUGGUCUUUGGGGUCUUCUGGUUUCUGUGGUUUCUUUGUUGCUGGGUUUGAAGAACGCUGAUGAAAACCUUCAGAUCAGACGACGCUGUGGCGUCUGUCUCUGUGUCUUCAUCAGCUGCUGUGUUUCCACAAACGUCUUUCAAACGUUGAUUUAACUCUUCUCAAAGAAAGAUGACCUGGACUGAGAAUCUUUACUAAUUAUGUAAAUGAGAUCACCUAUAAUCUGACAGUUCUGACUGUUUCUGGUUGUUGUGUAUGUACUGUGUGUGUGUGUGACUCAUUUUAUACAUCAUGAGUCAAUCAAAGCAUCAAAUGAAGAUGAUAAAUACAUAUGAA